GUGGAGCUGAUGCCUCUCGAUCAGGCUUAGCCCAUCGUGACGUCGUUGUAAAGCAUCCGUACAACUCUGCAUCGUUACUUUGGAAUACAUAGCAAGUACAUCAGAUAGCGCAGUUGGAUUUAGAACACGGCUAGCAGCAGUUCCUAUCUGUUGCCUCAUCCAAUGCGUCCAUUCUCUUGUGAUCUUCCCAUCUCGACUCGAUUUUCUGGGCAAUCCAAAUCUAGAGGCGGGCACACCAGUCUUCAAUGUCUCGAAGAGCGGCUAACCGCAAACAGACUAGAGUGGCGAGGACCACAGGUCGGACCAAACCAGUCCGGGAGAGCUUGACUUAUACCCCGCUAAAGUCUGUUUCGCAGUGUCAAAGGUGUUCCAAUGAGAAGCUGGAUUGUCAAUAAAUGGUUCUGCCCCGCGACGACCAGAGGACAAACAUGACAACAAAUAACAUGUCAAUUGAUUUCUGUCUUUAGAGCACGAGCUCCAGUGUGGUGGGCUUGUCUUCAGGGUUCUUUCUUGACAUAUCAAUACUAGUACGAACUGGGACUAGUCCUUCAGGAAAUGACCUGAUUCGGAUAGGAGCUGGUUUGGCAUGUGAAACUCGGCUGGUGCUCUGUGGCGGAAGAAGCGAGAUAUCGAACAAAGAUCGAAGAGAUAAGCGAAGGGGAUUCCAUGGAUUCACAUUCCAACCAAGGUGGUCGCAGAAUGGUGUCGUAACUGCCAUACCUUGCCGGAGUCAAAGGGAGAUAAGCUGUGUUAGCUUGUAUCUGACUUCUCAACUAGAGAGAGACCAAGGGAAUCGCUCGGUUGGAACAAUCUGGUGCCCUUCUACCGAUGCCGGGGCAUUGAACUCGAUCCCAAGUUGUUCCGCUCCGGGAGCAUAACUUUGAUUCUGCGAGACUUCACAGAUGUCUGUCUGAUGCAACAUCUGAUAAGGGAUCAAUAAUCAUCAAUCACACAUUUCCCUCCCAGUGCCGACAUCCGUCCUUCCAGCCUACUCCGAGUGCAAGCCAGUCGCGGAUCGCCCGUUGAUCCUCGGACCGCCUAUCGGCACAAUCCAUUGUCAGCUGUAUUGACUCUGUUGAACACUCACGACUUCACAUGGCGAGGCGAGAUUGAUCCCAAGCAUUCGUCAAUAGGGCGCAGUGCCGUGCCCGAGCCCGGGGACAGCCCGACAGGAAAAAGAGCCCAAUACUGCAUCAGAGAUAUGUUGAGGAAACAAUCCCCUUGAAAGAACAGCAGGCAGUCAUAUGAUUUGGCGCUAAACCGCUUGUGGCCGCAGCGAUUAUCCUCGGGACCUCGGCCGCGGCAUCCCCGCAAAGUUGGUUCUCUCCGCAACAAAGCCACGGCCGCUGCUAUCCACAUGCUGUUUGAUCCCCAUUUAAAGGCUGGUCCUUAACCACUUCUGCUUGGUCGCUCAUUUUUUGAAUCUAUCUCUUGUGUAUCAUCUCACAUCCUCCAAAAUGGGCAAGAAAGCACCUUCUCCCGCCUACGUCCUCGGCGUGGGCAUGACCAAGUUCAUCAAGCCCCGUGGCAAGGUCGACUACCAUGAACUCGGUUUCGAGGCCGGUGUCAAGGCCAUGCUGGAUGCGAAGAUUAACUACGACGAGGUCGAGCAAGGCGUUGCUUGCUACGUCUAUGGUGACAGCACUUGCGGGCAGCGUGUGUUUUACCAGUUCGGCUUGACCCAGAUCCCCAUCUACAACGUCAACAACAACUGUUCAACUGGUUCGACCGGUCUUGCCAUGGCCCGCACUCUGGUCUCCCACGGCGCCGCGGACUGCAUCCUAGUCGUUGGUUUCGAGAAGAUGAGCCCUGGAUCUCUGCAGUCGGUCUACAACGACCGUGCCAACCCGACCGGUCUUUUCGGUAUGAUGAUGGCCGAGACUCGCGGUGUCACCAAUGCGCCGGGUGCCGCUCAAAUGUUCGGUAACGCUGGCCGUGAAUACAUGGAGAAGUACGGAGCCAAGGCUGAACACUUUGGCGAAAUCGCUCGUAUCAACCACGAACACUCGAAGCGUAACCCCUACUCUCAAUUCCAGGAUGAAUACACCCUCGAGCAGAUCAUGAAGGCGCCGAUGAUCCACGAGCCCCUCACCAAGCUCCAGUGCUGCCCUACCUCUGAUGGUGCCGCCGCCGCUGUUAUCGUCUCCCAGGCUUUCUUGGAUGCCCGCCCUCACCUCAAGGACCAGGCCGUCCUCAUCGCCGGUCAGCAGCUCGCCACCGACACCAACACACUGUACAACAAGAGCUCCAUCGACCUGAUGGGCUUCGGUAUGUCCCGCGCUGCCUGCCGCGCCGCCACCGCCGAGGCUGGCGUCAACGUCAAGGACAUCAAGGUUUGCGAGCUGCACGACUGCUUCUCCGCCAACGAGAUGAUUACAAUUGACGCACUCGAGCUCUGCGAGCCUGGCAAGGCCCACGAGAUGGUCGCCAAGGGCGACAUCACAUACGGCGGAAAGAUGAUCAUCAACCCCUCUGGAGGUCUGAUCUCCAAGGGCCACCCCCUCGGCGCCACCGGCCUCGCCCAAUGCACAGAGCUUGUCUGGCACCUCCGUGGCUGGGCCAACAACCGCCUGAUCGACGGAACCGAUGCGUGCCUGCAACACAACCUAGGUUUGGGCGGUGCGGUUGUUGUUACGGUGUACAAGCGCGCCGACGGCAAAGUCGCCAAGGCUGUGCCAUCUGCUGAAGUUGCAAAGAUCACCGGUCUCGGUUACAACCCCGCUGUUGAAGCCAAGGGCUUCACUGCCGAACAGGCCAAGAGUGUUCUCAGCAAGACGGCGUCGGACUCGUGGGCGCUGGCGGAUGCGCAGGAGAGGGUGCUUUCUCGUUUUUAGUUCUUUGUUGUAGAUACCUCAUGACUGUACAAUCUAGCGAUCAGAAUGUAGAUCUUCCGGGCUAUCGCUUACUGUGGUAUCCUGUUGCGUAAAUUUUCCAACCGCUGAGCCUCAGGCCAGGCACAUACUCGGCUCGGGAAAAACAUACCCCGAGAUCUGCUGACUCAGCCACACCACACCAGCAUGAAAAUCAAAAUCUUCC